CAAUCUCACCUGUCACCAUGUCUUCUUCUUUUCCUUCAUUCAAAUUACAAUAUUCUCUGAUCAGGAUUAUCUGUCUUUUGUUCAUGUUGGCGUCGUCGACGUACGUGUCAGCCGCCGGAGAUCCACUGGUGAGGACGUCGAGCAGCUUCUUCCGGUCUCUGUACUCGUUUGGAGACUCCUUCGUGGAUCCCGGAAACAACAACUUCAUUGCCACCAGAGCCAGGAGCAACUUCCCGCCCUACGGCCGAGAUUUCUUCAACCGUUUGGCCACCGGCAGGUUCUCCAACGGCUUGCUGUUCCCAGAUUUUCUUGCGUAUUACUUGGGCGAUAAAGAACUGCAGCAACCGUACUUGGACCCGAAGCUCAGCUUGCAGUGGCCGCUGGCGGCGGUUAGCUUCGCCUCUGCCACCAGUGGAUUUGACCCACUUACCUCUAACUUCACCUUUCCGAUCUACAAAGACUUCACUGGUGCUGGCUCUAUAUCUCAGAAUGCAAUCUCAAUGGCAAAGCAACUGGAGUAUUUCGAAGAGUAUAAGUCCAAACUUAAGAGGAGAUUUGGAAAGAGGAAAGCCGAAAGUCAGAUAGAGAGAGCUCUCUUUUACAUCAAUGCUGGAUCGGACGACAUCGCUUUCAGCUUCUUCGGCGAUGGAACCUCCGGCCCCCGAGGAACAAGCCCGCUCCCCGAUUACGAGCAUUUCUUGCUCGAGCAAGUCCAACAAUUUAUCCAGGUAUUAACUCCAACUCAGGUUCUUCUCCAACACAUGAAACUUGUACCCAAAACCAGCAAUGUAUUUUCACAAAUUAUAAUAAUAAGAGUAUUGAAGCUUGGUUUUGUUACUUUACAGGGAUUGUCAGACCAGGGAGCUCGGAGAUUUGCGGUUAGCGGGCUGCCACCGCUGGGUUGCAUCCCGGUUGCUAUCACAAGGCUGCCACGGAACUCAUCUCUGCAGCGUAAUUGCCUUGGGUAUGUGAAUUCCAUUUCAGAAGAGUUCAAUGAACUGCUUCAGGUUGCAUUGAAGGCCACUCAGAGUAAGCUGUCAAAGCUUGGCACAAAGAUUGCUUACAUCGACUUCAAUCAACCAUUACUCGACCUUAUACAAAACCCAGGUUACUACGGUCAGUACAUCCAACUCUUUCAGGCUACAACAACAACAAAAAAUUCUUAUGCAACCCUUCUUUAAUCAUUCAAAAUCAGUAUUUGAUCAGUUGAAUGUUUUCAUGUGCUGGUUACAGGUUUUAGGGAGGUGAACAAAGGCUGCUGUGGGACAGGAUUGUACGAGAUAGGACUACUGUGCAAUCAAACAUCCAAGGUUUGUGGUGAUGCCUCUGAGUAUGUGUUCUGGGAUGCAGCCCACCCAUCACAGAAGACGUACCAAAACCUUUUCUUCAGCAACCUCCCAGCCA